CCGGGUCAAAGGUUAGCAGCGACAGUUUUGUUUUUUGCAACAACCAAGACAGGAUCCAGAUGUUUCAAUCCUAAACUAAGCAUAGAACAAUGGAUUGAUAAAAAAUCGGAUUUCCCUCUAUGGCGAAAAUGAAUGGGCAUCCGAGGCAGUAAAGACCGAAAUUUAAUGCAUGAGGGAUCCAGUGGACGCUUGCCCCCAACAAGAUGAGGAGACUAGUGUCCCGGAAGAAGGCUCUAACGCUGGUGAAGGAGCUGGAUGCUUUCCCCAAGGUUCCAGAGAGCUAUGUGGAAACCACAGCCAGUGGGGGAACAGUGUCCCUGAUAGCCUUCACAGCCAUGGCUCUGCUGGCUUUCCUUGAGUUCUUUGUGUAUCGAGACACGUGGAUGAAGUAUGAGUAUGAAGUCGAUAAAGACUUCUCCAGUAAAUUAAGAAUAAACAUAGACAUCACCGUUGCCAUGAGGUGUCAAUUUGUAGGUGCAGAUGUCCUAGACUUGGCAGAGACCAUGGUAGCUUCAGAUGGCCUAAAUUAUGACCCAGUCACCUUUGACCUCUCUCCUCAGCAAAGGCUGUGGCACAGAACUCUGCUGAUGAUCCAGGACCGACUUAGGGAGGAGCACUCGCUGCAGGAUGUGAUCUUCAAGACAGUCCUGAAAGGAUCCCCUACUGCCCUGCCUCCCAGAGAGGACAGCCCCUCCCAGUCGCCUGCGGCCUGCAGGAUACACGGCCAUCUUUAUGUCAACAAGGUGGCUGGCAACUUCCACAUCACUGUGGGCAAGGCUAUCCCACAUCCUAGAGGCCACGCCCAUCUAGCGGCCCUUGUCAGCCACGAUACGUACAACUUCUCCCAUCGCAUCGACCACCUGUCGUUCGGAGAGGAGAUCCCAGGGAUCAUCAACCCUCUGGACGGGACAGAGAAAGUCUGCACUGACCAUAAUCAGAUGUUCCAGUACUUCAUCACCAUAGUGCCCACCAAACUGAACACCUACCAGAUCUCAGCAGACACAAACCAGUACUCUGUCACCGAAAGGGAGCGGGUGAUCAACCAUGCGGUGGGCAGCCAUGGAGUCUCUGGGAUCUUUAUGAAGUAUGACAUCAGCUCGUUGAUGGUGACGGUCACAGAGCAGCACAUGCCCCUGUGGAGGUUCCUCGUCAGGCUUUGUGGCAUCAUCGGUGGCAUCUUCUCCACCACAGGUAUGAUCCAUGGAAUGGUGGGCUUCUUGGUGGACGUUGUCUGCUGUCGCCUCCAACUAGGAGUCUACAAACCCCGGGAGAUGGGCCUGCUGGACGACCAUGUAAAUAACCAAGCCCCGGCCCCGCCCCUGGAAGCUACAGAAAACCACACCCACUGACAGGACUCCCUAGGACAGGGAUCAUCAACUAGAUCAGGGCUCUCCAACCCUGUUCCUGGAGAGCUACCCUCCUGUAGGUUUUCGCUCCAACCCCAGUUUUAACUGAACUGGUUCAGCUUUUCAACCAACUAAUUAUUAGAAUCAGGUGCUCUAGAUUAGUGUUGGAGCGAAAACCUACAGAAAGGUAGCUCUCCAGGAACAGGGUUGAAGAGCCCUGAACUAGAUUCAGCCGCAGGCCGAUUUUUUUAAAAUUUUCUAGAGCGGAUGGUCAAGAGGCCGGAACAUAAUUACAAAUAAUUUGUAGACUGCAAAUUGACCUUAACAAUAAUAAUUUAAAACCUUGCUUACAUUUGUAUACGAUCACAUAUCUCUCUGUAAUGCGUGGGAAUAUUUUGGAACUGAUUUUCAAAAUUAAAAUGACUUGCAGCUGA